CUGAGAUGCGUGAGUGGUCUCGUCGUAUCGGUUAUCCUGAUGUCACUGUGUUUAACAGGCUCAAUGUUAUCCACAUCACUGGUACUAAGGGGAAGGGGUCAACUUGUGCCUUUACACAGUCCAUACUGAAACAGUAUCAACCACAGAUCAACAAGAUUGGACUUUACACUUCGCCUCACUUGAAAAGUGUGAGGGAGCGAAUUCGCAUCGAUGGUGAGCCAAUUGCAGAGGAGAAGUUCACCAAGUAUUUCUUUGAAGUUUGGGAUAUGUUAAACUCCACGAAAUCAGACGUUCAAACGUUCCCUCAUAUGGAUGAGGGGAUGAAGCCUAUGUACUUCAAGUACCUCACGCUUCUGUCCUUCCAUGUGUUUAUGAACGAAGGCGUAGACACUGCAAUCUAUGAAGUUGGUGUGGGUGGAGAGUACGACUCCACAAAUAUCUUUGAAGCACCAACGGCCUGUGGAGUAACUGUCUUAGGUAUUGACCAUACCUUCAUGCUUGGUGACACCAUCGAGGAAAUUGCGUGGAACAAAGGUGGAAUUUAUAAGCCUGGCUCUGCUGCAUUCACAGUGCCACAAGUGCCUGCUGCUCUGGCUGUGUUGGAGAAGAGAGCAUCGGAAAAGGGUGAUCAGUUGCAAGUCAUUGAUGAAUCAUUAGCUGAAAGCUAUGAGCUGGGGAUUCCAGGUGAUUUCCAAAGGGGCAACGCUGCGUUAGCAGUUGCCCUCACUGGCGAGCACCUGAAGAAGUUGAACAUCUCGGUUGAUGAAGACAAGACCCGUAAAGGGUUGAAAGAGGCAUUCUGGCCAGGAAGAUGCCAAACCAUCAAGGAUGGUAAGAUCACUUGGUUCAUUGAUGGUGCGCACACAAAGGAGAGCAUCGAAGCUUCUACAAAGUGGUUCAACACAGUAGCAUCUCCAAACAAGAAGAGGGUGCUUCUCUUCAACCAGCAGACAAGAGACGCAGCACAUCUCGUUGAGGUGCUCUUCAACAGUUGUAAAUUACCUUUCGAUGAGGUGAUCUUCACCACCAACGUGACUUGGUCCAGUGGUAGCUACUCUGCAGAUCUUGUUUCCAUGAACACGUCCAAGGAGGCGGUGGAUAAGCUCGAGGUCCAGAGACUACUGGCUGAUAAAUGGUCUUCGUUGGAUGCUUCAUCAAAGAGACAUGUUGUUGCAGACAUCGAAUCCAGCGUGGGAAUCGUUAGAGACCUCGGCGUUGAUGUCGAGGUCUUUGUAUGCGGGUCUCUCCACCUUGUUGGUGGCUUCCUUGUGGUUUUAGAUGGAAAGGAGAGCCAAUGAUAGCAUCCACAGAGGGCGGGCUUCCAUAGGCGAACCAUGAGCUCAUUGCAGAUUAUGUCUCGUAUCCGUGUAAUUGCCCAAUAUGGAAUGUCUAUCAAACCCUCACCACAAAACAAACAAAAAGUAAACAAAUAAACAAAUCGCCACUUUUCCUUCUCCUUUAGUAUAAAGACACGGGGCGGUUAGCGAAAUCAUGACUCUAUCGUCAGCUGUUGGUGGGUCUCAGGUCAAUGUAAGUGGAAACUAAUGACUUUGCGCUGUCUUGGAACGAGUACUGAUACAAGCGCCGGUAUAGACCUCGAGAAGAGACGCGUUGAAACUGAUCGAGAAGAAGUAUCAAAAGAUUUGGCAGGAGGAAAGACUGUUUGAGGCCAAUUGCCCUCCAGAGAGUGUGACUCCAACGCCUGAGAAGUUUAUGGCCUCAAUGGCAUACCCUUAUAUG